UUUGUUUAAGAUUGCAGGACAAAAAAGGUACUUGACGACGAUUUCGCUGAUAAUGUCAGUAUGCAGUUCCCUCUCUACUUUCCUGGGAGCCAUCGCAUGUCUUUCUGUUGCCUUGCUCAGGUCUUCCAAGAAGAUUCUCCUCCUGGAGCGACUUAAAGAGAUAGAUUUCCAACUGCAUAGAAAAGGUCCAUCACACAACACACGUGUUAUGUCAUAUGUGGCUCUAGUAUACUGCUGCAUCAUUGUCACCUAUGAUGUAAUAGAACACUUCAAUAUAGUCACGAUCUAUGCUAUAUCUGUAUCCUUCAAGAUAGUGAUAAUGUGUGGACUGAUAGAGGUGAUGGAGUUGGUACUCAGUGUAAAGGACAGGUUCCAGCUAAUUAAUCAACGAGUAGGAAGAAUUGGUGAUGAGGUCUCGGACAAAGCAACUCUUGUGGACUAUCCUCCAGUGAUGUCGCUGACUAUACCAGGCCUCAGUGAGACACACUGGAGUCUGUGCUGUAUAGUCUAUGAUAUAAACGUUGUCUAUGGCUGUCAGAUGGUGGCACUGAUGCUGGAAAAUUUCGCUCAGGAAUUGUUCAACAGAGACAUCGAGUUCUCCGCUUGUGGUCUGUUCAACCUUCACACAUCCAUCAUUGUGUCUGUAGCCAGCGCAGUUACUACCUACUUGGCCAUCAUCAUACAGUUCCAGACGUCUAGUAUUGGCGAGAACUCUACCUCUAAAACAAGUGCUUCUAAAGUUAAAAACCUCUUAGAAAAUUCAUUAAAGACAACUAAAUAUAUUUUUUUCGUGCUAUCAAUAACAGAUUAUUAG